AUGGGCGAAGAAGACGACGUGUUCAAGCAGGUUGAGGUGGCGGGGCCGCCUGGAGAUGUUUUUGGGAUUGUGAAGACAAAGACGCUGUCCACGUCUUCAUCAAUUGAUUCGAUCCGAAGCGAGGACUUCCGGAAGAAGCGGCUCAGCAUGCCGAUGAUGUAUCAGAUGUACGAAAGUCAAUAUGACGAUCUGCGAGGUACAAUCUGCGGUCCGGAUAGUCCGGAUUUUUACCCGGUACAGGCUAGCGAGACGCUACGCAAAGCGUUGUCAGGAAUAGAUACAAAUGAGCAAAUGAUCAUCGACACUGUUCUCUAUCACUCCAACUUUCAACGGCAGAAAAUCCUGAAUGCUUAUGAGGAUAUGUAUGAGAGGAGUCUAUUGGAUGAUCUAGAAGAAGAAACAGGUGGCUUCUUCCUUGACAUGGUGCUCGCUCUAUUUAAGCCGGCUCAUAAAUAUGAUACACAACUCCUGUACAAAUCUAUCUCGAACCGAUAUGGUGAUCGUUCUAUUGCAGUUGAGAUCGCUGGGACUCGCUCUACAAAGCAGCUCAAGGUUAUCCGUGAGAGUUAUCUCACUGAUUUUCGCAAAACCCUUGAAAAGGAUUUAACGAUGAAGGUCGAAGGCAUUUUCGGUCGUAUGCUCUUUUGCCUACUCUGCAAACCUCGCGACGAUCAUGGAAAAAGAGUAGAUGAGGAUUUGAUCGGGAAGCAAGCCGAACUUCUAGCCAAGAGUAGCGUCGAGGAAUUGGCCAAAAAUCUGCAGCUUUUUGAGGAGAUCUUCGUUCAGCAUACCUGGCGUCAUAUUGCGGCUGUUUUGGAUGCGGCUGACGAGCUGAUCCUGAAAGAGCGUGAGAAAGACUUGGAAACCCUGAUCCGCCGAAACAAGAAUAUUCACUCCGAGAUCCGCAUGAUGUUCCUCACGAUCUUGCGUGUGGCUCGAAAUGAGCAGUUGUACUUUGCCGAGCAGCUACGUACGGCGCUUUCUGGAGAUCGCCCCGAUCACGCUACGGUGAUUCGAAUUGUCGUGACUAGAAGCGAAAUCGAUCUUGCCGACAUCGUCGAGGAGUACAAGCGCAAAUAUCAUCGCCCCCUAGAAGUCGACAUCGGCCAGACCUGCUCUGGAGAUUACCUUCGUCUGCUCACCGCCCUCAUCACCGGUCAGGGCACUUUCCAUCGC